CCUCGCGGCCCGAGGCACAUUUACGCCAACCCGCUCAGGCCGGCUUUAUGCCCCGUGCUAGCUCUAGGUGUGUUCUGGGCUACAUCUUCUUUCGAAGGUGGCGACCGCCUCUUUCCUGGUGGCAACCAGUAUGAGCGCUUUCGCAAGUGUUUGCAGCGGGUGCAAGAAAGCGACGCUGUUGCCGAUGAGCUUCGCAGACGUGGUGUGAAUAAGGAGGAGUUGGGUACACAUUCAAUGCGCAAAGGAGCAGCGACUUAUUGUGCCUCUGGAUCGACUGCCUGUCCGUCCUCGACGUCCGUUCAUCUACGAGCAGGAUGG